UAUUCUGUGGUUUUCUUAAUUUGGGAAGGGCAGAUAUUUUUUUGUGCGUUUACCCAAAAAAGAAAAGAGAUUAGGUUCUCAUCUGGUCUCUCAGUGGUCUUUGCCUUUUUCCCUCUUUAAAUCUCAAGAUUUCUCGUUCAAUUCCUCUCACUGAUCGAUGAGGCUUAACAGGAAAGUGAAGGUUUCGCUGAAGAAUCGAGAUCGUUGAUUCGUGUUGGGGGGAUCAAAGGCGAAGAUGGUGAGGGGAAAAACUCAGAUGAAGCGAAUCGAGAAUGACACGAGCAGGCAAGUGACGUUCUCUAAGAGAAGGAAUGGGCUGUUGAAGAAGGCGUUCGAGCUGUCUGUACUGUGUGAUGCUGAAGUUGCACUCAUAAUUUUCUCGCCCAGAGGAAAGCUGUAUGAAUUCUCCAGUUCUAGAUGCUACAGUAUAAACAAAACGGUUGAACGUUAUCAGAAGAAAGUCAAGGACCUAAGUCUCUGCUCCAGAGGAAUCCAAGAUAACACACAGCAUGAUAAGCAUGGAACCGUCGGCAUACAAAAGAAGCUUGAGCAUCUUGAAAUUUCUAAAAGGAAGCUUUUGGGAGAUUGUUUGGAUGCAUCUUCCGUUGAGGAGCUAAAUCAGAUAGAGAAACAGCUGGAUCGAAGCUUAACCAAAAUUAGGGCAAGAAAGAAUCAAUUGUUCAGGGAGCAGAUUGAGCAGCUGAGGGAAGAGGAAAAAUGUCUUCUGAAAGAAAAUGAAAGGUUACGAGAGCAGUGUGGGAUUGAAGAGCGAGGAUCAACGAGGAAAGAUGAUGAGAACGAGGUGGAGACGGAGUUGUUCAUAGGGCCACCAGAGAGACGAAUCCCUUGAUAAAAUCUGCAACACGUGAUCAUCUUCUAUAUAUAUAUAUAUAUAUAUUUACAUUAACUGUAUCAUAUGUAUCAGAUAUGGGUGUCCGCAAGCCGACACAGUAUUUAUCCAUACGUAGUUAAUAAUAUCUCCACGAAAUUUAAACCACGUUUUGUUAAGUUAUGGUGUUUUUGUUGUGCCUGGACAAGCUGUGGCUAGCAAUGCCAUGCAUGCUGGUAUUAAUUACUCCAAUAAGCAUCCCUGCUUUUAUGUUG